CAUUGCCUGGGCCGGGGGCCGCCCCGCCCUGCGCCCGCCCCUCCGGCCGGCCCGGGUUAAUCCCGCGGCGGACCACCAGUAGCUGCACAGAGCUGCGGAGCCUGGGUCCUUACUCGUCCAGCGCCGGCUUGCAGGACUGUGCACCCGCCGGCUAUGGAGCCAACCCUGGACGCCGAGGAGGCGCGCACUGUGCGCGAGGCGCUGGGCCGCUACGAGGCGGCGCUGGAGGGCGCAGUGCGCGCGCUGCACGAGGAUAUGCAGGGGCUGCAGCGCGGAGUGGAGCGGCGCGUGGCCGAGGCGCUGAACCUGGCGGGCCCCCUGGCGCGCACCGUGGCCGACCUGCAGCGCGACAAUCAGCGGCUGCAGGCGCAGCUCGAGCGCUUGACUCGCCAGGUGGAGGCGCUGGGCUUGGCGACAGGGCUGUCCCCCGUGCCCGACACGCCCAGUCCCCCACCCGUGCCCGGGGUUCCGAACCGCGCGCCCCGCUUGGGCACCGCACGCUUUUCCAGCCAUGCCACCUUCUCGCUGUCUGGCCGCAGCCAGAGUGUGGAUCACGAUGAAGCCAGUGAGCCUGAGAUGAGACGAACUUCAAACUCAGGCAUCGUUGAGAAUGGACAUCAGCCAGGUCCAGGCGAUGGCCCCACUGAGGGUGCCCAGACCUCAGCACCGGAGCCCCCCAAGCCUCGCCCUGUAAGCCUCCCCUUGCAGUUGCCCCACCAGCCAGUCACAGCUGUCACCCGUGUCUCCGAGAAGUUCUCUGGGGAGACCUCAGUGGCAGCUCUGUCGCCCACAUCUGCUGCCAUCCUGGGGGGCUUUAGUCCCAGCACCAAGGAGGAUACCACCCCCUGGGCUUCUAGUACCACUGAGAAGAAUUCUUCCUUCACACGGUCUUUACCAAUCGCUGGUUACAGGGGAGUGACGGCAGGCAAGUGCAAGGACAGCCCACCACUGGUGACGCCACCCCAGUCACCCUUGUCCCCGCAGCUGCCAGCCACAGCUCCAGCCCCUCACCAGGGAGAGCGUCGCAGGGAGCUGGUGAGGUCACAGACCCUACCCCGCACCUCAGGGGCGCAAGCCCGGAAGGCAUUGUUUGAGAAGUGGGAGCAGGACACAGCGGGCAAGGGCAAAGGCGAGGCUCGGGCCAAGCUGAAGCGGUCACAGAGCUUUGGCGUGGCCAGUGCCAGCAGCAUCAAGCAGAUCCUGCUCGAGUGGUGCCGCAGCAAGACCCUGGGCUACCAGCACGUGGACCUGCAGAACUUCUCCUCCAGCUGGAGCGAUGGGAUGGCCUUCUGUGCCCUGGUACACUCCUUCUUCCCCGAUGCCUUCGACUACAACGCCCUGAGCCCCACGCAGCGGCAGAAGAACUUCGAGCUGGCCUUCACCAUGGCUGAGAACCUGGCCAACUGCGAGCGCCUCAUCGAGGUGGAGGACAUGAUGGUGAUGGGCCGCAAGCCAGACCCCAUGUGUGUCUUCACCUAUGUCCAGUCGCUGUACAACCACCUGCGUCACUUUGAGUAAAGCCCAGGGGCCUGGAGAGCCAAGAAGCCCCCCAGGAGGAGACCGAGGAGCUGCUUGUGUUCCCCGAGUCAGGAUGACCCCCGAGAAGAGUUCGCGUGGUGUGAGCUGGCUGUUUGUCCUCUGGUGGACUCUGUGUCCCUCCAUGCCUGGCUGUGUCACUGAUGAAAAGUACCACUGGGUGUGCUGUGCCCUGACAGCACCCUGACAGCCAUGGGCCGGAGGGAUGGCAAUUUCCCAGGACAGAAACUGGUGCUAAGCAGUGGCCUUCCGAAAGGGUCGCUCGCCUGUCUAGAAGCGAUGCUAAAUUACGGGUUUCCCUCUGGUGAACUUAUACAUUGGCUGGACGUGUUCCAUUGAUUACCAAGGGUCUUUUUUUUAAAAUCAAAAUACCCAACCUUUUGCUUUCCCACACUACUGUAGGUCCCUUUCCUCCCCCACUGUGGGCCAUUGCAGGAAACAGACACCACUUAACCAGCAGCGUGACAAAGAAGACCGAAGGCUUGUGAAGGAACAGUUUAAUCACACCCAAGUUCUGGGCAGCAGAUGGCCUUCAAGUCACCUGUCCCCUCUAGGGAGAUGGGAAGGCUCUACCUGGGUCUCAAAGGCUCCUCUUCCCCAGGGGCGCUCUCUAGAAGGUCACCCUCUUGGGAAGGAAUGGUCCCUGUGCUGAGAGAGUUUUAAAUUCACAUCUUUUUAAGGGAACUCGCUGUAGGUAUUUAUAAAGCAAUUCCAUCUGUAUCACUUACCCUUUUAUUUGUACAUAAAAUAUGUAUCAAUCUUG